UUUUUUUUUUAUUAACAAAUAUUCUUAUUGGAUUUUACUUUUCACAAUUAGACAAUACAACACACAAUUGUCACUGUUUGUCUUCUUUUGUUUUUACACUUUCUGUAUGUAUCCGUUUCGCAAACUCUCGUCCAUUCGUACGCGAGAAUGUAAUUCAAACACAAACCGUCACUUGUUUUUUUAUUUAUUUCUCUCUCUCGUUUCACCGAACGCUUGUCCGUUUGUACAUGCGCAAAUGCAAACCUUCGUUUUUCUUGCUUUUAUGCCUCGCCAACUGCUCGUCCAUUCGUACGCGCAACAGGCAAAUUACAAAACAAUUAUGUCUACGUUUUUAAAUGCAAACCGCCGGUUUCGUUUCUAUGCUUCGCUAAUCGCUCGUCCAUUCGUACGCUCGAUAGGCUAAUCGCAACAACAAUUCUGUUUGAUUUCAAACGCAAACCGUCACCAACAUGACGUUCUUGCCACACUUGCUCUGCUAUGUUCAAACGCACGACCACUCGCAUGUGCGACUGCUCAAACCGAUCACAACAAUAACACACACAUGUGAGGCUAUGAGAAGCAUCUCACUUCUGAACUAAAAGAUGCUAGAUCUUUUAGAGUUUGUCAGGAUUCGAUUUAUUUAUUAUUAAAAGAUUAUAUUCCAUACAAUAUUGUUUAUUAUUAGAUAUUUCAAUUGCUUAAAUGUAUUACUCGUUUUUUUAAAGUUAAAAUAAAAUGAAAAAUAAAAAUAGACCAGUCUCGAACGAUGCUGACGCGACACUGCUUUUUUUUCGACGACUCUUCCUGGGUUGUUGGUGCGCUCGUUCUUUUGUGUUGCAGGGAUGCAAUUAUGCGGUUUACCUUACAAAUGUGUGUGUUUUUACAGAUCAAAAUAAAACGUUGCGCACGUCGCGGGAGCAAAUUGAUUGUUAUUUAAAUUUUGUGCGGGUUCACCCCGAGAUAAAAGUGAACAAAAACGACCCAUCGCGGCCAAAAAGGGUUGAAGAGCUUUGGUCGGAGGUUUCUGUCCUCCUAAAUGCCCUUAAAGGUCCAACUCGGACCCCCACCAAAUGGAGAGAGAAUCUGAGCCAUUGGAGGAACCAGAUUCGGUCACGGGCCAGGAAGGCAAAGGCGCACAAGAUGAUAACAGGUGGCGGCCCAAGCUCAAAAAUUGACCUGACCGAAACUGAGCAGCGGGCGUUGGACACAUUAGGGUCAUUCGCAGUUGAUGGGUUGGCUGAAUUACCAACCAUUGGAACAGAGGAAGAAGUAUUGUUUGGUGCUACUCCUACAUCAUCCCCACUGGUGACGACUACGGACGCCCCAAUUGACCGCACUCCAUCCUCGUCCCGAACAAAACGAAUAACGACGGACGAUAUGUUUGAAAAUGUUAUGACCAUGAUAAAAGAAAAGGGUGAGGAGGAGAGAGCUUUCCGGACUGAAACUUUAGAGGCCAUAAAUAAAUACUCCGAAUCGCUAAAUAAUUUAGCGACAGCCAUGGUGACGCUUACCCAAAAUAUCAUAAAUACAAAAAACUGAAAAUUAAAAAUGUGUCUAUGAAAA